UUUCGCAGAAUGUGCGACGUGUAAAUGUACAAUUUUUCCGAGUAAAAUGCUAGGUCGUAUGUGAAAAUGAAACCCGCGAUAGUUAAACCAAUAACUAACAUAAACGAUCUCAUUUUUAGUUGAUAGACUAUGUACAAGUGGAUUUAAAUAUACUUUUAUAUAAACAAUCAUUUUUCGUGGAUGUUUAUGUUAGAAUUUCUUGACAUUAAGUACAUUUUUUUUCUUUUUAAUAACAGAAUCUGUGAUACUUCUUAACGGAAAAAAGUGUGAUGUGCAGGACUGAAUAAGUUAAUAAAAUGUUAUACGGCAAACUGAGAAUCCAUACAUGCAGGGUUAUCCUCAUAACCUCCUUAGUCUGGUUUUUGGUAGAUGUAGUGGUACUCUCCUUUUAUUCCGACUGUAUAGGAGGUGGUUGUAAAAAACUUGAUAAUAUACAAGCAGAGCCUUUAGUAGAAGAUCCUAUUUUCAAUGAGAAAGAUCAGGAAGAUACCCUAAAUGAACCUCAAGAAGGGAACAUCAACAAUGGCAUUGGCGGGGUAUCCCGGACAUACUCAGCAAAAAUGUUGCGAAGAUGGCGGCCGGCACCUGUAGUACCUUCCGUUUCAGGUCGUGUAGGUGAAAUGGGAAAACCAGUACAUGUUCCCCCAGAGCAAGAGGCAUUAAUGAAAGAGAAGUUCAAAUUGAAUCAGUUUAAUCUACUAGCUAGUGAUAUGAUAUCACUAAACAGGUCGUUAUCGGAUGUGAGAUUAGAAGGAUGCCGUAGUAAAACUUAUCCCAAUCUUCUUCCUACAACGUCAAUUGUUAUAGUUUUUCACAACGAAGCCUGGUCUACUCUACUGCGAACAGUAUGGAGUGUGAUCAACAGAUCACCCAGACCUCUCCUGAAGGAGAUCAUCCUUGUAGACGACGCCAGUGAAGGAAAGCAUCUAGGCAAGAAACUAGAAGACUACGUCGCCAAACUUCCAGUGCCUGUUCACGUUCUUCGUACAGAACGUCGGUCAGGUUUGAUAAGAGCUCGGCUGUUGGGUGCCAAGCACGUCAAAGGACAAGUCAUCACUUUUCUGGACGCGCAUUGCGAAUGCACGGAGGGAUGGCUGGAACCUUUGUUGGCGAGAAUAGUGGAAGAUCGCAAGACUGUCGUCUGUCCCAUAAUCGACGUUAUUUCUGACGAAACUUUCGAGUAUAUCACCGCAUCCGAUAUGACUUGGGGUGGAUUCAAUUGGAAAUUAAAUUUUAGAUGGUACCGUGUGCCGCAAAGGGAAAUGGACCGAAGAGGAGGGGAUAGGACGUCUCCCUUGAGAACGCCCACCAUGGCUGGAGGACUGUUUUCUAUCGACAAGGACUACUUCUACGAAUUGGGGUCGUAUGACGAGGGGAUGGACAUUUGGGGAGGAGAAAACUUGGAGAUGAGUUUCAGGGUAUGGCAGUGCGGAGGCAUCCUGGAGAUCAUCCCCUGUUCUCACGUGGGCCAUGUAUUCAGAGACAAAUCCCCAUACACUUUCCCGGGCGGAGUGACAAAGAUAGUUCUGCACAACGCCGCCAGAGUGGCCGAAGUCUGGAUGGACGAAUGGCGAGAUUUCUAUUAUGCUAUGAAUCCAGGAGCAAGAAACGUACCUGUAGGCGACAUCUCAGCGAGGAAGGACCUCAGAGAAAAACUGCAUUGCAAGAGCUUCCGAUGGUAUCUGGAAAACAUCUACCCCGAAUCACAGAUGCCUUUAGAUUAUUACUACCUCGGAGAUAUUCGAAACGUAGAAACAAGGAACUGUCUGGACACAAUGGGCAGAAAGUCUGGCGAAAACUUGGGUAUGACUUACUGUCAUAAUUUGGGAGGAAACCAGGUAUUCGCAUAUACGAAAAGGCAACAGAUCAUGUCGGAUGACAAUUGUUUAGAUGCCAGUUCCAGAACGGGUCCCGUGAAGUUGGUUAGAUGCCACGGAAUGGGUGGCAAUCAAGCAUGGGCCUACGACGAAGAAGAAAAAACUAUAAAACAUGUGAAUACGGGCAGCUGUCUGACCAAACCAGAUACCAGUGAUGUGAAUCUUCCUCUUCUCAAAGCCUGCAACUUCGGUCUUGGUCAGCAAUGGAUCAUGAAUAGCGACUUCAAAUGGCAAGCUAGGAAUAACAUUGAAGCGAGAUAAACCUUUGUCGAUAUCAACAAAAGUCUUGUGAUAUUCUUGUUAGUAUGUUCCGAUUUAGUCGAGGAACGCAUCUGUCAGGACAAGUUGCAAUAAGCAAUCGAUCUUCCUAAAGGACUCAAACUAAGAAGGUCAAACGCCUUUUUGAAAUCGUUACAUACAUAAAAGUUAUUAUAUUUUGAAGAGAGAUUGUCGGUGGCAAGAAGGCGUUUGACUUGUGCCUUACAAGUUUGUUUUUAUCGUUUCUAAUGUUUGUUAACAUUUUUCCUAUUUAUUAAAGACCCAAUUUUGAAUUAGUCUAACCGACUGUUUUUAUCAAAUAGUAUACAGGGUGUUUCUAAAUAAGUAUGACACAUUUUAAGGAAUAAUUCUAGAUGAAAAAUAAUGACCAUUUGCUUUGUAAACAUAUGUCCGCAAAUGAUUAGUUUCCGAGAUACGGAAUAUUGAAUUUUUUCUUACAAGCUGACGAUUUAUUUAUUGCUCUAAGACCGGUUGAGCUAUGAAAAUAAAAUUCGGUGAGUUUUAAGAGGUAGUUAUUGUGCAUUUUUUAACAUACAAAUAAGAAUUUUGUAUUCAUCAUUGGCGCGCAUACGGGUAAUGAUCUGAAUUUUUUAAAGAAAAAAAUAGUACACCACUGAGGUAUUUCAAAUUAAAAAUUAUUUUUAAAUAUCUCGUUUAAUUUAUGAUCAAAAAACCUCUCUUGUCUUAUUUUCAUAAGGUGAAAAAGUUCAUAUUAUGUAAAAAAUAAACAUUUUAACGUGUAUUUUUCAUUUCUUUAUUACAAUAUCAAGAACUAUCUAAUCUAAUACAAUAAUCCUAAACUAGAAUAACAGAAACUAACACUAAUAAGAUUUAAAGCUAUUCAAAGCUACAACAAAUGUUCAAAAUGACCUCCUUCAGAGGUGACAGAAGAAUUUUAUAUUCAUCAUUGACGCGCAUACGGGCAAUAGUCUGAAUUUUUUUAUUGAAAAAAAAAUAGUACCUAUGCCUCUGAGAUAUGUCAAAUUAAAAAUCAUUUUUGAAUUCCCUGUUUAAUUUACGACUAAAAUGCAAAAAUGCUAUUUUUGCAAAAAAUAAAACAUCGUUUACAAAGUAUUUGAAAUAAGCUUCUAUCUAUAUGGAAAAUACCUUCAAUACUUUGUGUUAAGAUGUAUUAUUUUUAUGUAAAAAACGGCGCCUCAUAUGAAAAUAAGGAAAGACAUAUUUUUUGUCACACGUUAUACGAGGAAUUCAAAAAUGAUUAAAAAGACUAAGUUUUCACUCUAAUGGCAUAUAAAACAACAUAAUGCUAUUCUACAUCCCACCAGAAUGAAAACAAUGGGAACCUUCUCUGGUUACACCUCCGAGGCUUCUACAAUUUGCAAGCCAUACGGAUGCUGAGAAAUUGAAAAUGGUUAUUCAUUUUUGAUUUUUUCAAAAAUGAUUGUUAAUUUGACAUAUAUCUAGUUUAGUAUUAUUGUAUUAGAUAGUUCUUGGUAAUGUAUUAAUAAAAUGAAAAUACGCUCUAAGAUGUUUAUUUUUUGCAUAAAAAGGGUGCAUCAUAUCAAAAUAAGACAAGAAAAGUUUUUUUUCAUAAAUUAACCGUGGAAUUUAAAAAUAAUUUUUAAUUUGAAAUUUCUCAGUGCCGUACCAUUUUUUUCUUUAAAAAAAUUCAGACAAAAUUCUUAUUUGUGUGUCAAACAAUGCGCAAUAAGUAUCUCUUAAAACCUACCAAAUUUAAUUUUCAUAGCUCAACCGGUGUGAAAGUAAUAAAUAAAUUGACAGUUUAAAAAAAUUUCAACACCUCGUAUCUCGAAAACGAAGCAUUUUCGGCCAUUUGUUUAUAGAGCAAACGGUCAUUAUUUUUAUGUAGAAUUGCCCCUUUAAGUUUGUCAUACUUAUUUAGAAACACCCUGUAUGUGUUUUUAACCAUAAUGAUUCUAUUUAUUAGUUAAUUUAUAGAUUUUUUGUUUAUGUCAUUCCUUACGUAAAUUGCUAACACGAUUAGCAGAUCUUCCUGUUGAUAAGACUUUUAGGGCGUUAGGGAGUGAAAAUUUAUAUGACUGCCAUUUGUACAUAUAGAUUUAUCGGUGCGAACAGACCAAGAAGUCAUAGUAGAUUAGAUAGUGACUAUGAAAUUGAUUAAAAAAAAUAGUUAAUACGAGGUAUACAUCAGGUAAAUUUGAUUUUACAGUGUAAAGAACGUUAUUCUAUUGAUGAAUGCUGGAAAAUCUUCUUUACAGAUAAUAUAUUGUACAGUUCUUAUUCGAUGCCUUGCCUUAUUUGACUUAUCUAUAUAGUUCUAAUUUCCACAAAAAAUACUAAAAACUAUUUAUAUAAUUUUAAAAUCUGUCAAAUCAAGUUCAAUGUAAAAAAAUAAAAUCGUAGUCUCAAGAUGUGCCCAUUUGCCGAUUCUUUUUCUAAUGGCGCUACAACCCUUUGUGAGUCUUAGCCCGCUUAACAAUAUUCUUCCUUUCUGCCCUGUCGGAUACUUUCCUUCGCCACUGCCUGAUGUUAAUGGUUUUAAGAUCCCUCUCUAGGUCGUCUAUCCAUCUUUUACGUGGCCUUCCUAUUGUUCUAUUUACUUGGAGUUUCCAUCUCUGGAUUACUUUCACAGCUCGAUUAUCUGGCAUUCUUUCUAAGUGACCAAGCCAGUUUAGUCUUUGCGACUUUACACAUCUAACAAUAUUUGCGCUCUGCAUUAGUUCAUCCAGCUCGUGGUUCAUUUUAAUUCUCCACGAACCAUUGCUGUAGCUGCAAUGUGUUGGUCCAAAUACCUUCCUUAGUAUUUUGCGCUAAAAUAUUCUCAGUUGGUUUUCAUCAGUGGUUGAGAGGGUCCACGUUUCACAUCCAUAUGUGACCACUGCACUGGUCUAAUUACUGUUUUGUAGAUUCGAAGCUUGGACUCACGAUUCACUAACUUACUUUUCAUUAAGUCUUUGUGUGCAUAAAAACACUUCUUAUUACCGAUAAGAAUCCGUGCUUGUAUUUCUUGACUGGUGUUGUUGUUGUCAUUUAUUAUUGAGCCUAGAUAGGGAAAAUUGGAGGCAUAUUCGUAGGUAUGGUUGUCUACCUUCAUAUUCUCAUGUUGAUUCGACUUUGUGCACUCAAUAUGUUUUGUUUUACUUUCACUGAUAUAUCAUAGACCAAACGUAACAGCUUCCCGUUUCAGCUAUAUAGCUUUUUCGUUCAAUAUACUUUUGUUGCGGCUUAUUAUGGCAACAUCAUACACAUUAUGCACAUAUUUGCAUAGAUCUUAUUAUUAAUACAGCCGUUCAUAUCCAAUUUUCUAACAAAAUCUUCUAAAGUUAAAUUAAAAAGCGUUGUUGAUAAGGCAACACCAUUUUCCCGAUUAAAGUUUGUUAAUUAGAAUUAGUCAUCUAGACCACCUUUUUUUUCGGUUCAUUAUCAUCAUUUGCAUCACAGUUCGAUAUGAAACAAAGCCUUUUUCAGAACAAUCUUCCAUUCAUCCCUAUCUGUGGCAAUUCUUUUAUAUUCUCUAACUCAAAUAUAGUCAUCCUCUAGGUUGUCUUGAUACCUAAGUCUCGGUCUUCCUCUGGUUCGUUUUCCCAUCGACCCUCUUCGGUCUAAUAGUUUUCAAAAUGUUGCGCCUUCGUCUUUCCUGAUUACAUGCCCUAACGUCAGGUGCAUUGAAACAUCUAUACAACUCAAAGUUGUAACGCCUGCGGCACAAACAUUGGUAUUUUAUUCCUCCAUAACAUAUUCUUCUUAGAAUUUUGUAUUCAAAACGUUUAAGCAAUUCUUCACCAUUUACGUUUCUGCUCCAUAUGAUAGCACUGGUCUUAUUAGUGCUUUAUAGACGCUCACUUCAAAUUUUCUGUGUAGUUUUGAGUCAAUAUGUCUUCUCAAGCUGACUCUAUGAACAUUUGAUAUAAUUUAGUUCAGGGGCCGAAAAUACUCAAAAUACAACCGAGUUACAAGUGAAAAAUAGCAUAACUUCCGUAACUUUGCAAUGUUUUUGUACUACUUUUGCAAUUUCUCCGCUUCUAAUUAUUGGAUCAAGGUUUACAAACAUCAUUUUGUAGGUUUUUUUAAAGGAACAAAAUUGCAUUUUAUAAAAAUGAUUUAUAUUUCUUAGUUUACGAAUUAUAAUCAUUAAACAAUUAAAUCCUUUAUACCAAAUUCCCCUUAAAAGCAGUUUGAAAUUCGAAUGCAGUUGGUCAAGAUACAUAAGAAUAUACUCUGAAAUUGCAUGGACUUUAAUCGGCCACGAAACUGCAUUGGUUUCCUGUCUCCAUUAUUUUCUUUCUUUUAUCUUUUUAACAAAAAUGAAUGCACUUUCAGCUGUAAUGCUGCAAAUUUUAUGUAAGUACAUAGAGUGGAUUAUAAAAGUAACAAAUGUGAAUAAAUGGGAGAUUACUAUAAUUUUUUUACUUUUGUCGAGUGUUUUAGAUUUCUUCCCUCUUGUCUCAAUUUUUUAUAUACUUACAAAUCUUAUAAUCAAUGAAAAAGAAAAAUAAAACAUUCCAGUCGGGAGAUAUUACGAUGAUAAUAAUUAGAAAUGUUGAAAUCAUCUCUAUCAUUAUCUGCAAUUUUUCUCAUUCUUCUUUGCAAGUUCUCUUCUUUAUCUGUUCCCCACUUCUUCUUCUUUUAGUGCCUAUUCGUUUCGAAUAUUGGCGAUCAUUCUGGCUAUAAUUAUUUUAUUAACUGAUGCUUUAAAUAGAUUUGUUGUUGUUGUGGAGGACCAUUUCCUCAGGUUCUUUAACCAUGAUACUCUUCUUCUCCCAAUUUCUCGCUUUCCGAAUACUUUACCUUGAAGGAUUACCUUCAGUAAUCUGUAGUCUUCCCCACUAGUCGAUAAAUAACAUUGAUAAACCAGCGUGGGAAAGAAGUAAAUAAGGCAUAGCAAAAAAGAAAGAAGACUAGAAAUUCUUUUGACUGAACUAGGACGUGCGUUGUUAGAGAGAAUAAUCAUAUCAGUACUAACGAUAGUUGAAGAGCCGCAUUAUCCAGACAUUAUGGAUUAUAUUCACAUCGUAAUGCAAGACAAUAAAGCCAUUACUAUAAGAUUAUUAUUUAUUGAGACGUUCCAGUAGAAUUUCAGGCUUUUCGCAGAUUUUAUUAAAAAUGCUGUGGGAAAAUAUCCAUAAUGUCUAUAAUAUAACUAGACGGAAUUACUUUAUUGUUUAUAAUUUUUGUUUUGUAAGAGUUUACGUCAGUGAAAAAAAAAUAUGAUCGACUUGUAUUGACAGCAAUUUUGUUUUUCAUGUCAAAUUGGGUAUAGGAAAACUCAAUCAGAAAUUCGAAAUUGUGCUUCCAUACUUAUUUUAAACCGUCUACACACGCUCUGACAAAAGCACCUGACUGUCGGAGCUGACAACGUUGGGUCUGACUGUUAUAGUGUUUGUCGUACGACAAAAAGGAGUAAUCAUGACAGUCAGACUGACUGUUUAAACAAUAUAAUUCCUUUUUUCAAUUUUAAACAUAUUAUUUUAAUAUAACGUACCUACAUAAAUAAGUUUAAGUAACGUACCUAUACCGCGAGGAGUAACUGCACGCUAACUUCUCGCGUCACGAAUUUGAAUGACGCUCUAGCGUCACAAUUUUGAUUGACGCCCAAUACGAUUUUACGCCCGUCAAAAUUCCAUACCGAUCGAUAAGAAGUAUUCACUUAAAAAAAAAUAAAGUUGAUAAAAUGAUAGUCAAUUAAGGAGAAAAUAGCAGUAACAAACAAAUAUAUUAAAUUUUAGCAUAAUUUUGGAAUGUGUUUAAUUGGUAGAACAAUUUUGUUUUCCAAACAGAUUUCAGUCGUCUACAAAUAGUUUCUCACUACUUUUGAUUAAGGAAUAAUAGGGAAUUUGAUUAGGGUAAAAUAAUUAUGGAAUCAGGAAUUCAAUAAUUCAGUAUUUCCCAUUAAGUUUCCUAUAGCCCAUCUAAGGAUUCACCACCCGGUAUAUUAAAAUGAUUAAUAUUAUUAUCUUUUUUUACUUUUCUCUGUCGUCUUUUUUACGUCGUAAGUGUUUCUUUUUUAUUUUCUGAUAAAUAUUUUUUAAUAACCUGGAAAUUCAUAUUAUAGCACCCUAUAGUAUCCACAUAGUUGCCCUAAGCUCUUACACAACAAAAUUUACAAUAAUCUCUUCAAUAAUAUUGAUUCGUUUUCAAAAUAGAUAAUUAUUUGCUAAUAAUUUCAAGAUAAUUUAUAUAAUUUUUAAUUACUGGUCAAUUUUGAUUUAAAAAUAGUAAAAUAUUAGUUAAACGUUUCUGUCAAAGAAAAAUACUAAACUGGGAAAAUUGUUUCGUUUUAAAAAUCAAACGAAACACGAUUGUUCGUCUUCGGCUUAGACGUAUCAAGAAAUCGUUGCAAUAUAGGCCGAAUAAAAAAUCUAUUCCGUUUGAAUUGGAUUCUAAUGUUUUGUAAGAAGCUGACACACAGUGGUUCAAAAUGCUGAAAACGUGGUCAAGUAUGUAUUAAUGUAAAAUAUAUAAAAUUUGUUAAUGAAUAAACAGUAAAAAUAUAAUUGAAAUAAUUAAAAUUUCGUAAAAAUACAUUCAAAAAGUACAUAAUUCUGCGAUUAAUUUUUAUUAAUCCCAAAAUGUACAGUCAGAAGAUACAGAAUCACAUUGGUUUAGCUGCCUUUAACUGCUUUUGCAUUGCUGGAAGUUGCUUGAAUACAAAAGUGUGAAAUGACGCAUGUUACAUGAUUCCGGCGAUUGUUGCGUAUGUAUGGGCGGUUGUACGUAAGUAAUACCUUCUGAAUAUGGUACUUCAAAAAGAAAACGUAUUGGUAAUCAGCAAAUUCAAAAGUCCCUUAUAAUAUAAAAUUUCAAAAAUUAUACGUUUAAAAUAAAAAUUUUGAAUUUCUUUCGGCCAUCCGAAAACACUUAGGUACUAAAGUAAUUCCGAAAUAUAUUCUGAACAAUAUACGCUUUUAAAGGUUCAUGACCACCUUUUCAGCAUCUGCACCACAGUGUGAAAGUAAAAAAUAUCGAUACCGUUUUUGAUGAAUUAAAUAAAUGAAUAUGAGUUUUGUGUAUAAGACUUAAAUAUUUUUGAAGUAAUUAAUAUGCAUUGCCAAGUACUGGAUUUUAUACCUAUGUGAACACGAGUACAAGUAUUAUAUCGCUACCUUGGAAGAAGACCGUCAUACAUCAAAAUGUUACAGAAAUGGCCCUUUAAAAAUAUCAUAACACUUUAUAGUAGGGGAGGCAAGGACGCUAAAUUUGCAGGGGACUUUCCAUUUUUUAAUUUAAUUUACCAUUUCCAAGAAUCGUUUUUUCGCCAACCAACUAUAGCGCCAUCUAUCCAUAAUUCUAAUUUUUUUUUGUGUGAAUUUUAUAGCCUUGGCCGAGCCAAUUAGCCAGACAUUUUGUUAUUUUAAAAACAAACAAUAUUUUUUUUUUCAAUCAGAGCAAUUUUUUCUGUAUUUCUAACUCUAAAUACAUAACAAACUAACAUAUUACAAUUAUUAUCUUUAAAUUUUUUUUAAAUAUUUUUUUUGUAAAUAUUUAAUUUUUUUGUAUUUUUUUUUAUUAUAUUUUUAAUUUGUUUUUUUUUUAUUAUUAUUAUUUUUUUUUUAAUUGUUAUUUUUACUACGCUAAGACAUAAACCCGAUUCAACAUCUCGGAGGUUUACAUCUUCUUUUUUUUUCUCUUUUUUUUCUCUUUUUUUUUCAUUUUUUUCUUUUUUUUUGCUUUUUUUCUUCUUUUUUUCUUUUUUUUUCUUUUCCUUUUUCAAAUUAUAAACAUACAGUAAUUACUUAAAUCUACAGGGUUAAAAAAAUAACAACAAAACAAACAUGUUUGUUUUGUUUUAACAAACAUGCCUGCUUUGUUUUAACAAAAUUACUUAAAUACAGGGUAAAUUUUAUUACUACAAUUUAUAUUUACAGUUUUUGAUAUGUUCAUAAAUUGUUUUUAAUGUAUUAACAUCUUCAGAAAAAAUCAAAUUCCGCAGGUAGACGGGAAGUGGAAUUUUUAAUAUAUUAAGAUUAUCAUAAAAUUUGUUUAUAUUUACUGAUUGAUGUGAACAUUCUAAAUUCUAAGAGAAUAUGUAGUAGGAUCACCUUCUUUUCCACACUCACAGUUAGGUGACUCUUUGAAACCCAAACGGUACAUAUGAAGGGGGGUAAGAGCGUUAUUACAUCUCAAUCUAUUUAUAACUCUUAUGAAAUGGCGAUUUGAUACAGAAUGAAACCAUCCUUUAAUGGGAAUUUCAGGCUGCAUUUGUUUGUAAUUACUUUCAGUUCUUGUGUUUCGAUAAUCAGUUUGUCAGUUUUCUUUUUGGUGUCGUCUACUAAUAAUAUCAAUAUCCGAAAUGGGUAGUAAGUUCAUGGGAAGUUCUUCGCCUAUUUCUAGGGCGGAUUUGGCUAGCCUGUCUACUAUUUUGUUACUCCUAAUGCCUGCAUUCUAAAAAAUGUCUCGAAUAAAAGUUACUUAUCUUUACGUAAUGAAUCCAAAUCUACAAUAAAAAAAAUGCUCCUAUUUUCGAUUCUAAAGUAACCCCCACACCACCUCGGUGGAGGGUCGUGUUUGGUAUCAUUAAACAUAACCUCAACUUCUUGACAAGUCUGACACAACAAAAUAAUGCAUUACUCUUAUACAACAGAAAGUAUAGUAUUUUUACUACAAAAACGUUAUUACGUAGGUCAAAAUUUUUGACGUAAGAGAACUGUCAAAACAUUAGAAUGUGACUUUUCAUUAUUGCCAUGUUUUUAUAAAAGUCACAUUCUAAUGUUUUGACAGUUCUCUUACGUCAAAAAUUUUGACCUACGUAAUAACGUUUUUGUAGUAAAAAUACUAUAUUAUAUUAUUAUUAAUCUUGUGUUUUUAAGAUAUGAAAAUAUUGUGGAAACUGCCGAUCCAAUUUUUCGAAUAAUAGUCACGACACUUCUGCCAUCUGACGGCCAGACAUAAACUAGCUUUAUUCUUUACUUUAUUACACAAAAAAAUAUAGAAUAUUUUAAAUCAGUUCACUAACAUAGUACAUUUUUUACUUUUUUUGUAUUUUUUGAGAUACAUAUUGGUCUUCCUCGAAGGUAGCGAUAUGUUUUUCAGUUGUAUCUGAAUUUAGUCAUUUCAUAAAAUAAUAGAGGUGGGAAGUAAAUAUCUGACAUAACUGUUAAAAGGUACAUACAUUACAAAAGUUAUUUAACUAUUAUUUUUUAUUAUUUAAUUCAUCAAACACACUAAAAAAUUGUCUAUAAAUCAGUUAAAUAGUUUGUAGAUUGUUUUAAUAAUGUAAAUACAAAUUCAUCAAAAUUUCAUUUCCUUCAUUUGUGUUGAUGUCGUUGUAAAUAAUUUUGCUUAUUUAAUACAAAUGAGGGACUAGGAUUUGUUCUAGCAUUUUAAAAAACAAGGAAUUGUUGCGAUAGUUAUUGGUUUUGACAAUAUAACAUUCGUUGCUGUGUUGUUCUGGAUUCUAGAUUAUUGCAAGAGUCAGUAGAACAUUUACAAGAUGUAAUAAUUUACAAGAUAAAACAAGAUGUAGUAGUUGAUCCAUUUUACAAUUUAAUUACACAACAAAAAUUAAAAUUAAAACUGACAAUUACAUCAAUGUAGACAAUUAUAUUCUCUGAGCUUAGAAAAUAUGCCGAAUUCUUCAGAAAUAGGUAAAUAUACUGUAUAUAAAAAGAAGGAUUAAAUAAAUAAGUAUUCAUUUUACACAAUAAGGUAAACAAUGUUUUAAUUUACAAAUUAGGUUUAACAGAAAUUAUUGACAAAUAUUCGUGUACAGGGUGAGCUACAAAAAAUAUGAUUUUGUAGUUUUUUGUUUGUUGUUAUUAGUGAUAUAUAAUAUAAUAAUAUCAGAUCCAAUAAUCAGCAAAAUAUCUAGACAAUAGCAGCAACGAUUACAAAAAACAAUCAUGAAUUUAUGUUUUAUUUUGCUCAUUUAUAGUUUAGUUUUUUAUUAUUUUUAUAGCAAUUUUAUAUCUUUUUAGACUGAUAGAAUUUGCAGGUGUUUUUACUGAAAAAAUCAGGUGAUGUAAAGAAAGUUUCGGAAAUAUUAUGUACAAGUUGUAUCAAAAAGAAUACACGAAAACACUUCCAAACAUUGUCAUUUCAUAAUAUUUUAUCAACGGUGAAUAUUACGUUAUACAUUAUAUUCACAUUUAUAUUAUAAGAAACGUUUUAGAAUGGUUUUAUAACCUCUAUUCCAAAAAUCAUGCAUAGAUACACUCUUCAGAACAUUUCAGUUUACCUUUUUCGAUUCAAUGAUUUUGUAAUCAUUUUUUUUGUAAUGAAUAUUAUAAGUUUGGAUAGUUUAUGUAUAUCGUGUCUCAAAAAUAUAUCAGGGAAACAAACCCAAACAUAAUCACAUCGUUUUUGACACUUCAAUUUAUUUCAAUUCUAAUACUAAAAGUUAAGUAAAUAGAUGUUUUAGUUUUUAAUUAACUAUUAAAUACAGGGUACUAAAUUUUAUAAAUUAGGAUAUCAGAUAUCACUGUAAGGCAUCGCCUGGUCUUUUUGGCCAUAAAAAUUUAUUAAAAUAAUUAAUUUUAUAUAUUAUGAUUUUUUUCGUUGAUUUGCAUAAAAAAAUUAGCUAUGCCAAUAUAGUUUAGAGAAAUAAGGAAAAAAAAAUAUCCUGUUCGUGACACAACCCCCUCCAGGCCGAAACCAAAUUUUUGGAGUAUUAUGGACAUAUAUAUUAAUAACCUAUUUGUUUCCUGUAGCCGAUUUUGAUGAUAUACAUAGUUAUAAACAAAUGAAGAUCAAAAAACGGUAAAUUUUCGCUUUUUUCGUCUAUAACCAAAAAGUUAAGUAUUUUAAACAAAUUUUAGAGCGAGAAACUCAUAAAUCGUAUAAAUAACUUCAAUAUGGCGUUCGCUGAAUAUGUCUAUCCUUAUUGGUUGCUUAGAAAAUUGCAAAAUAAAUCAUAAAUUUAGAGUUUUUAUAAAUAUUCAUAACUUAUGUAAAAAUUAACUUAGAACGUUCUUAUUACACGGAUGCUGAGACUUCUGGUGCUUAAAUCAUACCCUAAAUUUCAAAGCAAUUGGUCAAAUAGUUUAAAAGGUAUUUAAUUUGUUUGUCCCAAAUUAAUUUUUUUUUGCAACGCUAUAAGUCAGAAAAUUAUGAAGUUACACUAAUACUUUGGAUAGUUUAUGAAAGAAGAAGAUUUAUACUAUUAAUUUAAUUAAAAAGAUAUGACAAAAAAUAAUUCUAAAUACUGCAAAAUUAUUUUGCAAAGACAUGUGAAUUAAAAAAUGGGGGGGCUAACGUCUUCCCUAAUUGUCCUAGGACAAUUGUUUUUCUUUUUAAAGUGUAUAAAAAUUCAGUCUUUCCAAAGAUAAAAUUAUUUUUCUACGGGUAACGGUUAAAAAGUUAUUCGAAUUGUUUAUAAGUAAGCAAAAAAUCGACGUGUUUUUGCAAAAUAAUUUUAAACUGUUUAAAAUUAAUUUGUCAUUUUUUUUUUAAAUUAAGUCAAUAGUAUAAAUUUUCUUCUUCCAUAAACUGUCGGAAGUCUUACUGUAACCUCAUAAUUUUCUGACUUAUAGUGUUGAAAAAAAAAAUGAAUUUGGGAUAAACAAAUUAAAUAACUUUUAAACUAUUUGACCAAUUGCUUUGAAAUUUAAAAUAUAAUUUAAGCACUAGAAGUCUCAGCAAUUCGUGUAAUAAGAAGGUUCUAAGUUAAUUUUUACAUAAGUUACGAAUAUUUAUAAAAACUCAAAAUUUAUGAUUUAUUUUGCAAUGUUCUAUGCAACCAAUAAGGAUAGACAUAUUCAGCGAACGCCAUAUUGAAAUUUUUUAGGCGAUUUAUGAGAUUCUUACCCUCAAAUUUGUUUAAAAUGCUUAACUUUUCGGUUAUAGACGAAAAAAGCGAAAAUUUACCGUUUUUUUAUCUUCAUUUGUUUAUAACUAUGUAUAUCAUCAAAAUCGGCUGCAGGAAACAUAUAGGUUAUUAAUAUAGAUGUCCAUACUACUCAAAAAAUUUGGUUUCGGCCUGGAGGGGAUGUGUCACGAGAAAAAUCUUAUUUCUCUGGACUAAUAAUAAUUCACAUUAAUUAUGUAACAAAAGAAAGCUUCAACAAAAAUAUUGUCAAAUAAUAAGCAACAAAGAUUUUAUGGUGUCAACCGAUUUUCCAUGUUGCACUUCGAAAAAUAAAGAUUACACUUUUUCUUUCUUUAUUGAUAACUCAACAUUACAAUCGUGGUCCGAGUCAGUUCAACAGCGUAAACAAAAGACAGACAGACUCUACUACUAACAAUAAUAAUAUCGUAAAACCAAAAGUUGCUUUUAAAUACUAAAUCUAUGGCACAUAAUUUCUGCUGACUACAAGGUCGCGCAAAAGGUUUUUUGACUAUGAAUUCACAAUUCACGUAUUGUUUAGUUGACAUUGAAUUAAAUCACGCAAGGUUUUCAGCUUUCUCCGAUGUUACUCUCAAGCUUAUAUGUAUUUUAAUAAUAAAUGUAACCUAAAUAUUCAAAAAUCUCAUGUGGGAUAUUUCACCAUUUAUGUGCCGUUAAAAGUGAACGUUAGUUAAAAAAUAAGUUUAUGUAAUUAUGGUGAAAGUUCUUGUAUAUUUUCAAGAAAUUGGAAAAAAAUUAUGAUAUGAAAGGUAGAGUAGUCAUUGAAACUGCAAUACAAACGGCUGGGUUAUAAGUUGUUGUCUUAUUCUCUUCAGUCAUCUUUGGUUUAAAUUUGAUGACAACUUCAUGUAAUGCUUUAUACAGUUUAGACCAGCGGUUCUCAAUCUGUGGUACAUGUACCACUGGUGGUACAUAUCAUUAUUUGCGGUGGUACACAAAAGCAAAACUGUCAAAAUCACCACUAUUACAGUUAAUUAGAUUACCUAUCUAUUAUAGAUAGGUAGUUAUUUCAGUUAGGUGGUACCAAAAAUAUUAAAAAGUAUUUUGUGGUACAUGACUCAAAAAGAUUGAGAACCACUGGUUUAGACUCUUUACCUCUUCGAGUUAUUCUACAACGAUAUUAUGCAACCACUAUUUGACAGUAUUUUGAAGUUCCGCAAGAUUCUGUUUGAGGGCUUUUAUCUUUUUAUCAAGUUUUUUUAUUGUGUUUGUUUUUAUCAUUUCAUUUAUUUGUUUAUAUUGAAGUCCUUUAUAAUUGAAACAAGACGACAGUGAAUGGAAUUAUUUAAUUUAAUUUUGGGAGGUCCAAAGUAACAAUAAAUAUUUGAAAUUUCUAUAAUUCGUGAAAAUAAAGACUUUAAACUGAAUUUUACUAGCGUUUUUGAGACAUAUUUCUUAAAUAUAACUCAUUUGAUCAACUUAAGCGCAUAAAUGAAAUGAAUUAUUUGGAAUUUUAAAAAUUUAUGAAACUUUAAAUUUAUUUUGUAUUUAUUUUAUAAGAAAACUGUAUCCUACUACAACCAGUUGUAGGACGUGUUAAAAGCUUAAAAAAUAAGUUUUUUGUAUAUAUAUUACCUAAGUAUAAUUUGCCUUUCGGGAACAUAUCGUACAAGUUUUUAGCCUUGUUUAUUCUUUUAAAAUUUUAUUUAGUAUCUUGUUUUUGUAUAUUUGGAAAUUUUUUUAUUGUAUUUAAAUCGAUUUUAAAGGCUAAGGUGGUGGUGCAAUCCAGCUUUAUGACAGUUAAGUUAAAUAAACCUUUUUAAUGAAA